AUGAUGGAAGAGCUGUUUAUGCUACCAGUUAUUGGUAUCACGGCGUUGUUGGUGUAUAAAUACGCUUACGAUAUCCUUUGGUACAAGUUACAGAAUCUAUUUGAACUGAUUCCUUCAUCAAGCUCAUCUCACCCCUACUCUUCGGCUAUCGCUAGCAUUAAUAAGUCUCAGAAUGGGUUUCUGUACAAGCUAUACACGGAAUAUUCAGUUUCUUCUAACAAUGUGCUGCGAGUGAUUCGGACGCUAGUCUCCGGGACGUUGGCGCUGUGCGUCGUGGCUGUGGAGAUAGUGCUAUGGCAGAUCAAGACGGCAGACAGUAGCAAGGGUGGGGAUGUGAUUACUGACUUCAUGUGGCCAGCAUCUUCGGCGCUGCUGGCGGCGUCGCUUAUACUGAUCCAGCCGUUUUGCAUUUUGAUCACGAUGCUGAACAAGUUCUUCGAAGACCGAUUAGCUAUCGAUAAACUGCUGCUGUGCAGCUGUGCGGCUGCUACCAUAUGGAUAUUAGGCCUGUACCAAAUUAGCUUUGGUCCAUUUUAUUACAGUUCGAGCCCGCUGACCCGGCUGUCGCUAGUAGGGGUGACAAUUAUGGGAGUCCUCUCCGGCAUCGCCUCCAUGUCCACGCCUUACUAUGUUGCGCGUUUCCUACUGAAUUGGCAGAAGGACGCCCCGGUGGUUCUUAACCACGCAUUUAGCCACAUUAGCAUGAUGUACUUUAGCACCGCCAUGAUACAGGAGCGUAUGCAGGAGUACGAAUCUAAUGUGGAACAGAAUGUCCUAAUCCUGAAGAAGCUGGAACAGAGUCCAGGCGGUCUUGACAGUGUAAUGCGGGAACAGUUACUGGAGAAGAUUGGGCGCUAUCAGCUACAGAUUGCGAAACUGGAGAUUCGUCUGAAGGAGUCACGCGAGAUCACCCUAGCCAAACGCAUAUUCCACCUUGGUUUCCUCUGUUAUUGUGUUUAUAAAUUGGUGUCCACGUUUCUCUUGCGAGUGCCCCAGAUAAUUACUCACGCGGUGUCCUAUCCUUCUGAUUAUGACUACAAGAAGUUCUACAGUGACGAAGAUAGCCUAAGCAGCGGUGAUCCUCUGGCGGUUACGCUGGCCAACGUAUUUGAUCUGUUCUUUUUUGGGUUCGAUCACCAGCAGGACCUGGAUUCAUUGACAAAGCAGAUCUCCUUACUGGUUUCUCUGUCCCUAUUCAUAUGCUCCCUGUCGACAGUCACCACCACAAUUUCAUACCUGCUGACAUUGUUACCGGCAAAGCUACAGAUACUUGCGUUUGCCACAAUACAGGAUAACGCUGACAAGACAUUACCUAUACAUACGAAGGAAAACAAGUCCAUAUACGGGAAAAAGCCAUCCAUCAUAAAAAACUUAGUGGUUUCUGAAUUGACCGGUGUAUAUCUUUUGUCCACUAUAUUGUUGAUUCGGUCUAAUUUGCCUAACGAUGUCUCUCGGAACCUUAAUACAUUGCUAGGGGAAAAUUUUGCCCUUCCUAAUAUAGCCAUAGACAUCUGGUUUGAUGAAGUGUUCGCCGUCAGCGCUAUCUUGACAUUAAUCGGUAUCGUAAUCGUGGAAAGGACGGUCACGCGGACGUUCUAA